UAUUUGAUAUUUAAUAAUCUAUUUUUAUUAAAAAGAUAUUUAAACACAGCUUCGAGAUUCUAGCAAUUAAAAAAAAAAAGUUAAAAAACAAAUUCCCAUUUUAGCGUUUAUUUUAAUGGAGCGUCCGCAUGCGGUCGUACGGGGCCGUCAGAUAAUUUUCUCAUAACUACGGGAUCGGCUCUUAUGCCCCAACACGGAACAGCGUUUGGAGUUUAGAGGGAAUGACGUGGCAGAAUCGUAAGCGCAAAGGUGGGUCCCACUACUUGGGGGGAUAAGUCCAAGCGCGAGAGCCCAACCCACAUGUAAGUGCACUUGGGCCGAAGUGGGCCCAAUAAUGAGGCUUAAGUUUAUAAUUUAACCAACGUGGUCAAUGGGGCCCACUCCACGGCUCGGCCCAGUAACUCCACUGUAGUUCACUAUUACCGUGUACGGUGGUGUGGCGUACCUCGUCGGUGGCCUCUGCUGUAGUGUGCUCCUCCUCCUCAGAUCCCGAUCUCCUAUCUCCUCCGAUCGGAUCAAACGCCUAGGGUUUUCCUCUUCCCCGCCAUCGCCAUGGAUGCGCACCUCAAGCCUCUCUUCGCCCUCUAUCACGAGCAAUUCGGCCUCGGCCCCGGUCUCGGCCCCGGACCCGGCACCUGCCUCCUCUCCCCCUCCUCCAACUCCGCCGCGCCGCCGCCGCCCCCGCCGCUCCUCCGCUCCCUCUUCCGCGCCGCCGCCGCGCUCCGCCGCACCGACCCCUGGCGCCGGCUCCGCCCCCCGCACCUCCUCGGCGUCCGCGUCGGCCGCGACUCCGACUGGCCCGGCAAGCGCCAGCCCUUCCCCUGCGCCCACUUCGUCGGCGGCGACGGCGGGGACCUCGGCCUCCACCUCUUCCGCUCCGAGACCGACGCCCUCAGGAUCGCCGGAGCGCGCGACACCAAGCUCCUCCCCAACUCCGAGCUCUUUCGGGUAAUCUACCAAACACAUUCCCUGCUCUCCCCCUCCAACAAGAAGAUGAUCGCCUCCUUGUCCCUGGAGCCCUCCGGGGACGACGAUCGCUAUCCGAUGAUCGACGUCGUCCGCUGCACCGCCUCGGGCGCGCUGCGGUUCCGGAAUCCCACGGCCGACGAGAUCCGGUUCCUCUACGCGUUCAUGAGCGCGAUCUCUCUGUUGCAUCCCCUGCUCCGAUCGGCCGGGAACGAUGCGGCGAGGAGGACCCGGCCGCUGCUCUUCGAUCCGUUUAUCGAAACUCUCGAUGUGCAGUGGCCUCCCGAGAUCUCCAAGGCCGGAGAUUUCGUCGCGGUUACCGUCUCCCACCCUCCCGGCCAGGCCUACGAAGAGAAGAAGCCCCCGCCGGCCCCGUCGUCUCCGUUGAAGUACUUGGAGCCGCCUCCGAAGGAGGAGCUCCCGCAAAUUGGAGAAGCAAUUGCCAAUUGGACUAUUCGGAGGCAAUGUGCAUUGUGCGAGAAGCAAUUCCACGAAAAGCAAUCGGUUCCCUGCGGUCGGUGCCGCGCGGUGGUGUACUGCAGCCCGGUGUGUGAGAAGAAGCAUUGGAAGGAAACCCAUAAGGGCAUCUGCGGGCUCUAUACGGCGAUGAUGGAGAGGGAGGAGGAAUUGGCCAUGAAGAUAUUCACCUUCCCGUGCUUCGUCGAACACCCUUGCAAAUGGCUCGAAUCUGUCGGUGUUCAUCAGAAAGGAAUGUGGAGGAGGAGCUGCAGCUGUUACUCUCACUACCCAUUUGGCCUUCUUCCUGGUGGUAAGUCCGGCGGGGUCUCCGAUUUAUGGGGUGGCAUACCGGAACGGGAAUUUCCACCGGAUUCUCCCUUCCCGAACUAUCUGAAUGGGAAUUCGAACCCGAUCUUCCUUUCCGGUUGGUCGGAGUACUAUAAUCUUCGAUCCCUUCCGAUGUCUAGCCCUGUGGCCGCCGUGUUGUCCCACCCUUUCACAGUCUAUCACAUAUUGACCUCGCUCGUUAUAAGCUCCAAAAAUCGGCUUCUCAAGGGAAAAGAAGUGAUCGUCCACUAUCUCGGGCCGGCGGCAGAGCUCGAUUGGAUGGCGGCGUUUGCAGAGAUCAAUCAUUUGCUUAAUGGGUUGGGAAGCAUACAGAUUGUUAUGAUUGGUCCAGAGGUUCCAAGUAAUUUAUCGGGGACGGUAUCGGGGAUUAGCGGCAGGUUGAGAGUGCACUUGGUGAAGGGCAUGUAUCAGGAACAAGCCUCCUAUCUAUCUUCUCCCCAUGUGGUUGUGGCUUUGAACUGUGGCUUGGAGAGCUAUGGGAGUUGGGGAGCAGCUAUCGAGCUCAUUAAAUCGAUGAAUGCGCCGGCCUUCUUCACUGAGAGAUCUGAGCUCUUGUGCGCGAACGCCAAGCAGGUGCUUCGUGGAGCGGGACUGCAUGUUACUCACCCUGUGACGCCGAAUCCAUUCCGUUCGCCAUUACGGGACCAGGCACCUUCGACCAAUUUGCCCUCAUUUAGUAAUGGUUUUGUGUUCGGCGUUAACACAUAAUAUAGCAGCCUAGGUAUUGACAACUGGAUCUUCCAAUGAAUUGCUUCUGCAAUCGAAGAAAUCUGAGAUCCAAGAAGUACCUUGAAACUGGAAAAGGAAGUCCAAUUGGAGCACUUCGCCGAGCCGUAAAACAAGAUCUUAAAAUUUGUGACUAUGUUUUGCUAUUGUAAUUGAUAUCUGUAUGCUGCCUUUUGUUCUUGAAUCUGAGCAUGACAUUCUUGUGAGGUUAUUAUCAAGUUGUGAUCUGAGAUUCCUGUUGCACCGUAGAAAUCAUCUGUGGUAAUCUACGGCUUGUCAAAAAUUGCUGAGAAAAUGAAUGAUACAUUUCAGUUUUCAUUUGA